AUGAUUAAUCAAGAUCAUGUAUUGGAAUACCUGUGUAUCACGAUCAGUGAAAAUCUCUCUUGGAAUGAAUAUAUCGAGAACUCGAUGAGCAAGAUCAAUCAAAGACUUGGAAUAUUGCGCCGUGUCACACCAUUACUACCAUUAAAUGCAAGAUUAGCUUUCUAUACCGCUACAAUUCUACCGUUAUUUGACUACGCAGACAUUAUUUGGGGUGACAAAACCAACACUGGACUCAUGAAUGGUUUCCAGACCUUGGAAAAUAAAGCCGCCAAAUUGAUUCUAGAUCUUCCUUCUCUCUCCUCGAUACCCUUCAAUGGUUACCUCUUUCCUCCAGCAGAUAUAAACAUCGCUGUAUCUUCAUCUACAAAUGUACUAAUGUACUUUUAACUUUAAACUAACAAUUAACAACUGUAUUCAUUCCUACAACACAAGAUCCUGCAACAACCUUCAUCUUCCGAAAGCCAACACAAACUGGGGUAAACUUAGACCGACUUACUAUGCUUCGAUGGACUUCAACAAUUUGAACAGCUCAGUUACAAGCGUUAGUUCUCUGUCUCGAUUUAAGACUCAAUUAAAUCCACUUCGUACGUAGACAUAGUUAUUGCAUGCUUGAUAUAUUUUAAAUAUAUGUGUACAGUUUAGUUCGUGGGUGUGAACCGUGUCUCUAUGUUUUAAUUUUGAGCAAUAUUAUCUUAACUUCCGACUUCUGAAACGAUUUAUUCUUUCCUACCAUUUGAGGCACGUUGCAUGCUUCCUGACUAAAUUAAAUUACCUUUUUCUAAAUUAAUGGUCUAUUUAUCAUCGUUGUAAUGUUCAUGUAUACAUUUGUGUAUUUUUGUACAAUUUAAAUAUUGACAAUUAAUAUUGUAAAUAAUUAUAAUUUUGAUGCAGGACCCCACUGAAAAACAUGUAAGUGAUGUGGGUAUCCCAGGGCCUUUUUUAACAUACAAGUUGGGGGGGGGGGGCAAAUGCCCCCAGUCCCCCCUUGUCCCCCCCACCCCCACCCCCACGAAAUCAAUUUUGCCCCCCCCCCAGGAAAAGUCCCUUUUCCCUAAAAUUAUAGAAACAAACCAGCGAAGAUUAACAAAUACAUAAACGGAAAGUAAGUUUUAGGCUUUAUCCUUUGUUCUUGUUUAACAAAAUCGAUUUAAAUUGUUACUUAUAUAUAUAUAUAUAUAUAUAUAUAUAUAUAUAUAUAUAUAUAUAUAUAUAUAUAUAUAUAUAUAUAUAUACUGUUAUAUCAAAACACGAGUGGAAAUUGGGAGAACGAGAAUUGUGUGGAAACAUUUUAGUUUUUAAUUUUCAUCGAGCGUUGUCGGAAGUAAGUGAUAAGAUUAAUUCUCUAUGGUCUGUGCUGCAUGCAUGCUUCCAAUGAGAUAAAAUACGUAUAUUUAAAGAUAAAAAAACCUUUGAUUUCGUUUAGAAGACCUCGAAAUUUAGCUGAUAAUUUUGUAAGAUCUAAAAUAAAAAGAGGAACCGAUACAGGUAAAGCUAAGCUUAAGGGUAUGAAGAAGUGUGGGAAAUCUAGAUGCCAGAUAUGUUAUUAUGUAGAUGAAACGGAAAAAUUUCAAUAUGGAAAUAAUAGUUAUUGGAUAAAUUAUUCCUUUUAUUGUUGUUCAGAGUGUGUAAUUUAUGUAAUAAGAUAUAUCAGUUGCUCUAAGAUUAAUGUGGGAAGUACGAUAACAUCUUUCAGGAAGAGGUUUAAUAACCAUGAGAGCUCUAUGAGGAAGUAUGAACAAGGGGGCAGAAAAAUGGCUGCGUUGAACCAUAAAGGUUUGGACGAUGUUAGGGUUAUAAUUAUGUACUAUUUAAAACAAGAGUAGGAGUGUUUUAACAGAUAUAAAACGCGAGGCGCAGCCGAGCGUUUUAUAUCUGAUAAAACACGACAACGAGUGUUUUGAAUAGCUUAAAAUACGACUACAAAAAGAAUGCUAAUUAGGAUGAACCAUAAUAUAAUCAUGCUAAUUAAGAUGAACAAUUAUAUAAUGCCACAUGUGUUUUAUCAGAUAUAAAGUCACUCCACGUGACAUAUUAUGGCUGACAUGAUUUUCCACAAGGUUUAUGCAUUAUUAAUGAGUAUUUUAAUGAUAUAUAAAACCAAUAUUGGUAAGCCUACACAAAGGGAAGCAUUUUGGGUAUACAAAUUACUAAUAGAUACAUUUGUACCUAGGGGAUUAAAUGUGAUUGGUUUUGAAUAAUUGUGUUGUAAUUACCAGGACAAAUGUUUGAACUUGGCGCACGCUUUAAAAAUGAGUAAAAAAAUAGAGAAACAUACCCUGGUUGCCAGAGGUUCUGUAUCUUUCGCCUUAUUCCCGCUCGUAUUUAUUUUACGCGAGGCGAAGAGAACCUCUGGUGGCACGCGACACAAAUCUCUCUUCCUUUGGUACAAAAUUUGUACCAAGCACAUGAUUGGUUAGUUAUAAUUAGCAGUCACAUGAAGUGAUGUGAUUGGCUAGACAAAAAACCUGUUUAUAAAUCUCAGAGAACAUGAUGUAAACAAAAUACAGAAAUAAUACGAACGUAUUAAAUUUAAAAUGCUUAUACUCAGUGUGGGUUAUUUGAGAUUAACUUAGUUUGUUCCGCUAUAAAAAUAUUUUCUGCGCUGGAGAAGGGCUGCCAUCGCGGCAUGACUUGAGAGUCGACGGCAUGACAUGUUCACUCUAUACAGUAGUAUUAUUUGUAAAAUACGAAGUGUUGGUCACUUGCUUAUCGUUCAAGGUUUUAAAUUUUGGUAAUUCUUUGACUUUAAUAGUUAUUAAUAUGGUUUAUUUUGCCAAUAUUUUUCCGUUGUCUGUUUAUAAGGACAACCAUACUGGCUCCGUUGCACACAUAUGUAUAAAUAUUUAUAUGUUUAUAUUCUUUCACUUUUGACUUUAUACGUUCGCUAAUACAAACGGCAAUCCAUAAUCAGUAAGGUUGUUUUUUGCUUUGUGCGUUGCGAGAAUAGUCUACAUGUUUCUAAUAAAUAAUCUACAUGUUUGGCCUGCUUAUUUUAAAUAUUUUACACAAGGCUUCCAAACAGUCUGAACAGAGCUAUUUUGGUAGUAUGACAAACCCGGAAGUUUACAAACGUCAUAAAAUAUAAAACCGGUUUUGCAAGUUCUCAAACAGCAACGUCAGCAUGGAAGAGAGAUUUGUAUCGCGUGCCACCAGAGGUUCUCUUCGCCUCGCGUAAAAUAAAUACGAGCGGGAAUAAGGCGAAAGAUACAGAACCUCUGGCAACCAGGGUAAGAGAAACACGGCUGUCGAUCAAAUUUAUAUGAAAGUUCAAUUUUGGCAUUUCAACUUAACUUUAAUUUCGUGUGAUGCCUUAGUAAGUUUGUCUUUAAUUUCAUGAUUCUAGUUGGGAAGCCAAAUAAGUAUGAAACAUUUAAAAACGUUUGAAAGCAUACUUGACGUCCAUUGGGAGUUUGUAUAUUAUUUAAAGUUGGUCCUCAAACAUGCCUUCGCCUUUCGAAUAUGCCACAAACAAUUAAUAUACUGUUAUGCUUUCUUUACAGCCCAAGGCACAUAUUGGUCUUUACAAGAAGAUGGGCAAAAUGUUGAUAAUGUUCCUGGAAAUGGCUUUGUCCAUUUUCACCGUACAAACGGCUGGAAAAACGGUAUUAUAUCAACUAGAAAACGCAGGUAUAUGCUUUUAUCUGGCCCUUCUUGCCAGAAGAAGCUAUUAAUAAUAGAAGGAAAUAUCCAAACCUUGUUUUACGUAUAUUUUAACUGGACAUGCAUGCACGCUGGAAUCCCUUUCCCUUUCUAAACAGAUCAUUCGAAAACAUUGUUUGAACUUUAAAUAUUUCUAAUUGAAAACAUUGUGGUACGUCGCCGUGGCAACAUGAGAUCGCAGAAUAUGUUACAAAAUGUGAAAAUUCAUUAGUUUUUUCCCCUCUCGGAUUUGUUAAUGCGAAAAAAUGCUCAAAUUUGUGCUCAAAUCAAACUUUUCAUAUUAUAUAAUACCUUAUUGAAUUCUGCUUGUUCAAUUGGCUGUUUAUGGUCACGUGAUAUUGAAUAGAAAACUUCAUUUCCCAAAAGUGCAAUGGAAUACGUCGAAAACACAAAGAGUGCAAUGGAAUAAAACGUAUAGUACAAUUGCACUCGCAAAGAGUGCAAUGGAGUUAUAAAUCGCAUGCGUCAACAUUUAAUGUCAAAUGGUGUUUCUUUCUUUAAACGAUAGUUACUCUUUAGGAGUGAUCGAAAUCGUUUCGGUUGUGGCUUAAGUUAACAACAUCCUGAAAUAAAUGACUACACUCUAAGAACACUCAGCUGAUUAAACAUUCUGGUUAACGUGGAAAUAACUCUAUUUCGGUAACUUGAUAUUCCUAGUUAGUUUCCUCCCACUCCCGCUGCCCAAUCAAUGUUGUUUACCCGAUUACACAACAAAGUAAGAUGCCAACUGAGAUAACAGGGAGUACUAUAUUUAUCUAUUGGCUUGCAAGACUACGACAUGGACGGUGGUCGUUAAAAAAAUAAAUUGUUACCAUCCAAUUCGAUGUAGAUUUAGUACGCGCAGAUCCAUCGCACUGAAUUCUGUUAUUUUUAAUUUAUUUUUUGAUACCAUAGUUGGAGAUCGCAUUAUCGCUCGUUGGACUAAUAACAAAUAUUACGCUGGUAAAAUUGCAUCUAUUUCUGAAGAAGAUAUUGGCAUUUUGUUUGACGACGGUGAUAAAAUCACGCAUCCAUUUGAAGACGUUACCGCUGUUUUUCCCGAUACGGUUCCUGAGUCCGUUGAGUAUAAGGAUCAUGUUAUUGCGCCAUGGAAGGGAAGUUACAGACAGUACAUCGGCUACGUGAUAGAAGUGAGUGAGUCUCAAGGCUUUAAGGUUCGUUUUGAUGACAAUGACGAAGCCUGGUACCAGAAAGAUCAACUCAGAAUCCUUCCAGACGCUUCAACGGCCCACGAUGGUUAGUGAUUGCAUGUUUUAAGUUUGAUUCGUUUGUGUGUUGUGUUGUGUUUUCCUGUUCUGUUCUGUUUUGUUCUGUUCUGUUCUGUCCUGUUUUGUUUUGUUUUGUUUUGUUUUGUUUAUUUGGUUGCAACACCAUUGAAAUCCUAACAAAAUAACUUUUUCGACGGGUGAGCAAACAUUAAACAAACCGAAAACAAUCAUAUAUUUACUCACCGAUUGGCCAAACAUUCUGUUUUUCAUACCGAGAAAAAACUGAAUAUCUUCUAAGCUCUUCAGAAUUCGCCACAAGUCAACAAGAGUGAAAUACUCCUUGUAUUGAAGCGCCUUUAUGUAGAAAGUUUCGUUUGAAUACGACGAGUAAAAAUGGUUAUCUUGAAUUUUUCAAAAUAUCGGGUUUUUCCCUCGCACGCGCGUGACACACGCUAAAAUUGGCCAAUAAGGAGUACACACGUAAAAAAGCAAAAGUUGUUACAAGUUUGCAAUAAGUUGUUACAAGUUUGCAAGUUACAAGUUUUCGAUAAGUUGUGUUCGCACUACUUGUUCUCAGUUAUUGUAACAAGUUUGGAACAAGCUGUUAACAACUUGUAACAGGCUUGAUGGCAUUAUCUGACAUGUUACAAGGUUGUUCUAACAUGCCUGAUACAGUCAUGAUAAAACAAGUAUGUUACAAGGUUGACGACACAAGGUUGUAACAAUAUUGUUAUAUCAUGACUGUAUUGGACCUGUUGGAACAACUUGCAACAAGUCUGAUAAUAUCAACAAUAUUUUUAGAAGUUGUUAACAGUUUGUUUCACACUUGUUGAUAACUUAGGACAAGCAGUGCGAAGACAACUUGUUCACGACUUGUUCGCAGACUUGCUAAAAGAUUUGCACGUGCAAAUCACGCUAUAGAUGUACAGUAAUUUGACCUUUAGAAUCGAUUUCCGACGUUUCCCAAGCGGUAUGAUGUAAAUACGCAAUGUUUUGGCAAAUCUAAAUCGUAUUUCCGGUCAAAACAAUAUCCCGCUGACUUCACUAAUAUCGCAACACAUUGAAAUACCAGAAUAAAACAUGAGAAACUGAGGCUACAAGCUUGAAAAUAACACUGUAAGUAGUGUUUUUGAUUGUGAAUCGAACAAGACUACAAAGAUAUGUUUGAAGGGGACAAUAAAGUUGUGUUCGGCGAAAGGUAUGGUUUUAAUCAGUGCAUUGUUUACAUUUUUCGAACAAAGAACAAAUAUGUCAUUUGUUUCUUGAUCAAAGGUCAUAAAUCGCUAUAAAUUUUGUCUUUUACUAAAACUAUCGUAAGGAAUUAUUGAUAUUUUUUCAGUGAAUCGAAUUGUGGUAUUUUCAUCUACGUAACACUUACUGAACCGAAAAUAUGAACAUGCAAAAUAGUAUUCCACUAUCGACCUAAUUUUCUCAGGACCUGUCGAAGUAGAUUAAGCUUUCUGCGAUGUUUUUUUUUAAUAAUUAGUGAGUUAAGUCACAUGCAUGCAUGACUUGUUGAAUUUUAAUGCUCAUACUUCUAGGAAAGUGACAAAGUUGUUGGUAAGGAUAGUUUUUGCCAACCAUAUCAAAUCAAUCUUCGAAAAAACAUGCUGAGGACUUUGGCACAAUAUGCUACAACAAGCCUGUACUACUCGGUUGCAUAGUCAGCCUGUCUGUUGUCAUUGCUGGUUCGAUGUUGGUCGCUUGUUAGUUGAACAGUUUGUUUAAAUUAAAGUCUUUAUGUCUGUAAAUUGAUUCGUUGAAUGGCGUGUUAACUUUUUUUAUCUAGUUUGUAUCUCCAUGGUUAUUUUUUGCAUUGUUUUUUUUUCGUUGGUUGGUCGGUUCGUAAGUCAGUUGUGUUUUUAAUAGUGGAUUGGUUAAUAGUGACUCUCUUCUUCAUAAUUAUUUUCACGUAAUUGCAAUUAUCUUCUUUUUUAUUGUAGUCGGUGCUAGAGUAUUCGCCCGCUGGACAAAUGGGUUGUACUACAAAGGUUUCGUCAGCAAGUCCAAUUUGUCGUCAGUCUCAAUAAAUUAUGAUGACGGAGAUAAAAUCAUCCUGCCAAAGAAUGACAAAGCUGCAGUCAUCCAUGACAAGGUACCAGCAGAAGAGAAGGUCCAGAUAGGGCAGGAAGUGAUUGGUUAUUGGCCAGGUCGUGUCAGAUAUUACCCAGGCCAUAUCUCACAUCUCUGCGAUGGCGGAAACAAGUAUUUCCUGAAGUUUAACGAUGGAGAUGAGCGGUGUGAAGCGGUUUACGAGAUACGCACUGUUUCAGAAGGUAUACAGUUUAGUCUAUACUCAGAAUUUUGCAUUAUCUAUCGCUGAGAUAUCUAUGUAUAUUUGUGGGAGAUUAAGUGGAAUUGAAAGAGAAGAACAAUUUUAGUCGCCCUAAUCUUGACGGUUCCCUUGUAUCAAUGGAAGAACUUGUGAAAGCAGCAAUUACAGUUUGUAUGGCAAUAUGUAAUGUAAUGCAGAGAGAAAUAAUUAUUACUAAAUUUGAAUUAAAAAAUUGCACAAAAAGAAUGAAGUAGUGAACAUUUUGAAAGUCUGUAUUCCUUGUGAAUGCGGAGUGUUAUAUAUCAGAAAAAUGGAAGGAAACCUCUCCCUUAAUUUGAGGUACAUAAACUUCAGAUUGCGAAUAGACUUUCUUCUAGGUGUGUAACCUAGUGAAUGUAUUUUAUUUGUAAUACUAUAGUUGGUGAUCGCAUCAUCGCUCGUUGGACAAACAACAAAUAUUACGCUGGUAAAAUUACAUCCAUUUCUGAAAAAGAUAUUGGCAUUUUCUUUGACGAUGGCGACAGGAUCAGACAUCCUCUAGAUGACAUUACCGCUGUUUUUCCCGAUACGGUUCCUGAGUUCGUCGCGUAUAAGGACCAUGUAAUUGCGCCAUGGAAAGGAAGUUACAGGCAGUACAUCGGGUACGUGAUAGAAGUGAGCGAGUCUCAAGGCUUUAAGGUUCGUUUUGAUGACAAUGACGAAGCCUGGUACCAGAAAGAUCAACUUAGAAUCCUUCCAGACGCUGCAACGGCCCAUGACGGUGAGUGAUUGCAGGCUUUAAACUUGAUUUAAACACGAACGGUCUGUGCCGGCGUAGGUAGCCACAAUAACAUCUGAAAAAUGCGAAUUGAGAGGGAUUGAACCGGAUGUUAGUAGCGUGGAUUAAGAUAAAUAAAUGCGCUUUUGUACUUGUGAAUAUAAAAAGCGCUCGUGAGGCAAAAAAUAAACCAAUCAUAUGGAUUUGGUAAGAACCAAGGGCAAACAAAAAAUGUAAAUCACAUUACAGAAUAUAUCACUGAGGAAAAGAAAGGAAGCUAUGCAAUAAUUAAAAAAAAAAAUCUAUGGAAUAUUAUGAAAUAAGUAAGGAAUAAGGUGAGAAUUAAAGUUAGGCAAGGACCGAUAUAGGCUGGCUCAUUGAUACCAUGGAUUGUAACAUAAAUAGAUAGGAAACUUCCUGACGUCACAGUCUAAACCUAGUUGCAAUCUCUGACGUCACGCAUAUUGCGAAUAUUACCAAAGUUCUCGGCAUUUUUGUUGUUUUGCUACACUUUCCACUUUAUAAGAGUAAUUAUGAAGCAUAAACUGGUCUAGUUGUUUUAUAAACAUGCCUAAGCUACGACAAAGUAUUCAAGGUAAAUGUUUUUCGUCUUUUGUUUUUUUUUUACAUUUGUAGCUACGAAAUUGGCGUCGCCAAUUUUAACGAAAUUUGCGAUGUCUUUUUCACUGUUUAGUGCUUGAAAUAUUUGCUAAAAUUGAUUGGGAAUACUUAGAGAUUUCAUUGUAGAAUGGCGUAAUUAUAUUUAUUUGCUCUUUGACCAAAAUGUUUAGCUGUAUUAUUGCUAAACAUGCCGUUUUUGAGAAUUUGGUUUGCAACUAGGUUUCAAUAUCCAAUCACGCCAUCAGCCCAUUGAAAACAUUAGGUCACGUCAGCUAGUUUCCUAUCCAUUUAUUUUAUUAUCCAUGUUGAUUCUAUAGUACGUGGUGAACGUUGUCAAGCAAAGAAAUGAAGCGCAUUUCCUGUUUUGUGCGGUUAUCAUUGCCUCCAGAAAUAAAAAUAGGAAUAGGGCUCGUCGACUUUUCAUGUCUGAAACAGUCUAAUUGGCACUAUUAAAAUUCCUGGCAAAAGGUUGAUUGGCAUCAUUACUAAUGACAGCACGCCGAUGCUCGUCGCCUUGUUCUCAAAAGUCUUCCAGUUUCCCAAAUAUAAAGCAUAUCAGAUUACAUUAGUAUUUAAAUCUGAGUAACAUAUCAAGCAUCAUUUCACGUGCACCUCCUUCCUUCUCUUCAACUGCAUCUCGUGUAGUAAAUGUAGCAUGCUUUAUAUUAGGAAAACUGGAAGACGUUUGAGGACAAGGCUUCGUGAGCAUCGGCGUGCUGUCAUUAGUAAUGGUGAGAACCAAUUGGUCCUGUUGCCAGAUAUUUUCAUAGUGGCUAUCACAGCUAGAGUUUCACACAUGAUUAUUCGAACCCAUUCUGAUAGCAAUGAUAGAAUGCGCCUCAUAUUCAAGCUUGGUACAGUCCGUCCCUAUAGCAUCAAUAAAUGUUUUUCUUAUGUUUGGCUAUAUCUGUCCUUGCAUUAUGUACUUUAAUUCUCACCUCAUUCCUUACUUGUUUCAUAGUAUUCCAUAUUUUUUUUAUUUAUCCCAUGGCUUCCUCUCUUUUCCCUUAGUAACCAUUUCUGUAAUGUGAUUUACAUUUUUGUUUUCACCAAAUCCAUCUGAUUGGAUUAUUUUUUUUUUACGUGAAUGUUUUUAUAUUCACUGGUAUAAAAACACAUGUAUUUUCCGAUCCGCACAUGAUACAGACGCACAUAUAACUUCCCGACAAAGAGCCUUCGAUCGAAACGUCGAAGGUUUACUUGGUUAAGCUGUCCGCAAUGUUUAGGAAUAAUUGUGUGCAUUAAAAAAUCAAACAAACACGACAGACAGAUUUUCAUUCCGUUUUUUUUUGAAAAGUGAGAAACUGGCGUGUUGGUAAGGAUUAUUCUGGUCAACCACGUCACAUCAAUUUUCGAUAAAACCUACAACUGCAAUCAGAGAAUAUGCUCUUGUCCUUAGCCAAUUUUGGCAAAAAUGAUCUUCCUACUGAAGCUUGCACUAGUUGUUAAAUUCAUUAAUAGGUUGCAUAGUUAGCACGUUUUGCCUUGCUUGUUGGUUGACCGGUUUGUUUGUUCUUUUUUUGUUUGUGCGUUUGUCUGUCCCUCCGUCCAUUUGCCUGUCUGUCCUUAUGUCCUUUAAUUUGUUUCAGUGAGUGAUUGUUUUUUUCUUGGUUGGUUGAUCCAUUCGGCGUCCGUCUGUUGGCCACUUAUGGUAGUCUGUUGUUUGUUGAAUGAUCUUUUAAUUAUUUGUCACUGUCUUCUACAUUAUUACAGUACAAUACUUUUUCAAUUAAUUUUUUUCUUAUAAUAUCAUGAUUGCGGGUAUUCCCCUUGUUCUCGCAAGGCAAUUAAGUUAAAAACUAAUACACAUCAUUAUAUUCAUUUUUUUAAUCCUUCCCGCUUUUACGUCAUGUCAGGUAGGAUUAGUUCUAAUCCUACCCGAUACGACGUCAAAGCAGAUACGAUUAGAAAAAAAUGAAUAUCAAUGAAGAUAUCUAAAAUCGCCGAAACUAAACAAAGACGUGGAAAUUCGACCCGAGUUAAUUUUACUAAAUGACCAACCUCGUACCCAGGGCUUCUGCGCUUAUUGCUCUCAGAAGCCCUGGAAUAAUCCAACUCAGAACGUGAUUUGAUUGGUCAAUGCGAAUACAAUGAAAGUACCGGAAGUUAUUCAUUAACCGGGUGAUAUUUUGGCAACAUGGCUGCUAUCACAAGGAGUGUAUACAAAAGUUAAAUGCUGGUUUUUGCAUGAAAAUACUUUUUUAAGCCAAAUUCUGGGCUAUUUUGAAAAGAGAAAAAGAAGAAAUGGACUAUUUGUAUUUGUAAAUAAGCAAGAAUGGCGAACAAAGUAAAAAAUUUAACAUAAAGCGAAACAUUUCUCGUUCGAAAAAUAUUGAAAUUUCAAGUAUAACUCUACAACUUCAACCACGAUAUUCAAUGUAAAUAUUACAUAAUAAAGUUUUUAGUACCUUUUUUACCUUUAUUUGAUAAAUUGUGUGUUCUAUAUUAUUGCAUUUUGUAUUGGAAUAGGAUAAAUUAUUAAUUAUACACAAAUAUUUAAAUUUGCAAAUUAUUCCCAAAUUUUGAGGAUGCUGGGUGCACUUAUGGGUGCAUGCCCUGCCUCAGAGUUUGUAUUAGUCCCUAUUUAUUAUUGAGUUAUUAGUGCCUCUAAAUCUCUAAUGUACAAACAUUGUAAUCUGUUACUUAAUAUCAUAAUGAAACUGUUGAUAGCACAUAUAUUAAAUGACUAUUAAUCAAAAUGAACUAAAUUUUUGACUAUUAUAUAGCAUAUUUCCCCCAAUAUUGAGGGAACAAUUUCUCAUAUUUAUUUUUAUAAUAAGCCAGUAUUGCCCAACUGUGAAGUAAAUAUUUCCCGACUGGCCUAGUCUGCCCAACAAUCGGGCCCCGCCCUGUACGUCUAUGGCCAGGCCUACAGAUGGACCCUCAACCGGAUCGGUCACAAUUUUUCUUUCUCCGAAAUUUCCCCUCCCCAUGUACAAGGAUUGACAAUUUGACAGCUUGAUUAGAUUUGAAAAAAAAAACACUGUUAUAUUGGGUCAUUCCAGAAAACACCCAUACCACCCCCACAGAGGAAAUUGAAAGUUAAUCCCUCCUACCCCUUUGGAUGUCCUAAUACAUUUACUAUUAUCAGAAACAAUUUUUCCCUCCUACCCCUCCAGACGGCAGAAAUUUCCUCUGUGGGGGGAGUGUAGAUCUUUUCUGGAACGACCCAACGACUCAUCACUGUAUGUCAGAAUACUGUUCUAAGUUGCAACUAAAAUCCAGAGGUCUAAAAGGCUCAAGUCAAUUCCACUGGUGUAACCAGAGGGGGGGGGGGUCAAAAUAUUUUAAAUGUUCCAGACUUGUUUGCAAUUAAGUAGAGUUGAACAUGUGUUAACUGAAUGGUUAUUUCAAAUCACCAAAACACAUUAAAAUAGCCCCCCCCCCCAAAUGGCAGUUUACCAACUAGAAUUUAAAAAAGCUACAUUGUACUAUAUUAUACAUGGAUAGCUUGGGAGUCCAAAUACAUUUUUACAUAAUAACAAACUUAUUCAAACUAGUGCAGGCCCCUCCUGGGGAUUUCAGCCCCCCUUGAAGGCCUUGAUUAGAAAUCCUGGCUACAUCACUGCUCAAUUCCAUUGCCAGUGGUGUUAGCAUAAUUAGACAGAGUAUGUUAACAAACUAGUGUGUAUUAUGAAAUAAUCCAUUGAGCACCAGUGAUCUAUCCCAACAUAUAAAAUCAUCUGGUGUUAGACAGUCAGAGUAAAAUAAAAAGUAGGACACAAUGUAUAACUUAAUAGGUAAGGUUAAUGGCCAGAACUAAAUGAUAAACAAUAUUUUAUAAUAAACCCAAAUUAGUUCAGCACCAUUGAUUCUUAUAACACUGUUCAUUCCAAUACUAGAAUAUCAAUUGUCAUUAAUUAAAAUGUAUUUCAGUUGGCAAUUAACAAAAGUUGGAGUUUCAUCUGAUGACAUGUAUGCUUCUAACCAUGCUGUCCAUGCAGCUAUCUGACAGUUUUUAAUUUUCAACAUUCCCAAAGCCAUUAUUCUCAAGAUUUGCCAAAAAGGUUUUCCAAAUAAGUACAGAAUUAUAUUACAUCACUCAUCACUGUUCAUUUUACAUUUACUUCAAGUAGAUGCAUAUUUACAGUACAGUAUAUCUUGUGUAUUCAUAAUUAAAUCUUGCAAUAUCUUGUUCAAAACCCUCAAAUCCAAGAUAAUCGGCAGCCAGCCAUGUUACCAGUAAGAUUUCUAGUUUGUUGACUUUGAAAUGACAAAGGUUGUACUCGAGUAUAUUUAUACUUUAAUUAUUGAAUAGCCUCUGUAUAUCGCUGACAAGGUAUGCUUUUGUCGCGAUACUGAAGAUGUUCUUUUGCUCGCCAAAGGGCUUAUUUUACGCAUAAUUGUAUCUCUAAAUUGAUCAUUCCUGACUUUAAAUUCCAAAAGCCACGCGAGAAGCAGUUUAAGACGUCUUUAGAAGUCCAAAUUUAUUAUUAAUUGCAACAAAUAAUGCUUCUCACUCCUUGCGUAAAAAUAUGCCAAGUCAGCGUUUUUAGUUGAAGUUAUUGCUUACUUCCGCUUCCGGGGGCACCAAUCUUUUAUGGUGUUCCGGUUUGGAUUAUCCCAGGGCUUCUGAGAGCAAUAAGCGCAGAAGCCCUGGGUACGAGGUUGCUAAAUGACCCGAAUCGAGCGGCGCCCAAGGGAAUUUUACUAAAUGACCCUCACCGGGCGGGACGUUUUAAUAGCUAAUUCGCCUCUUUUUAUGCUAUUACUUAUAAUUACAGUCGGUGCUAGGGUAUUCGCCCGCUGGACAAAUGGGUUGUACUACAAAGGUUUCGUCAGCAAGUCCGAUUUGUCGUCAGUCUCGAUAAAUUAUGAUGACGGAGAUAAAAUCACCCUAUCAAAAAUUGACAAUGCUGCAGUCAUCCUUGACAAGAUACCAGAAGAGGACCAGGUCAAGAUAGACGAGAAGGUGAUCGGUUAUUGGCCAGGUCGUGUCAGAUAUUACCCAGGUCAUAUAUCACAUCUCUGCGAUGACGGAAUCAAAUAUUUCCUUAAGUUUGACGAUGGAGAUGAGCGUUGUGAAGAGAUUUACGAGAUACGCUCUGUUUCAGAAUAUAUACAGUUUAAAAUAUAG